UUUACAGGCUCCUGAUACACUGUUUGCAGUAUUUACAGUUCUAAUAUUUCAGAUUACGUACGCGAUACAGGUGUAGCAGUUUCAAAUAUUAAUUACUAUUUUCUUUAUUACAGGUUACCAGUAAUCACCAGAAUUUAGACCAAAACUUACUUUUGUAUUUAGUUUGUAUUGAAUUGUUUUAGGAGUUUAAUUUAUUUUAAUUAGUUUCGAUAUUUAAUGAGUAAUAGUAAAUUACAGAAAUAUUUAGAUAAACCAGUAGAUCAGAAGAAAUUAGUUAGUCAACCAGUAUUGAUUAGUACAAGUUUAGGUAACUACCUGAAAAAACAUUUAGAUCUAUUGAAAGAAUAUCAUUUAUACUUGCAUUUUGAAUGUAGACCUGGUGCUCGAUUUACAGAUUUUUACCGCUGGUUAAAUUACAAUUUACGUGCUCUUUUGGAACAGUACGGCCAUUUGACGUUGUAUAUUUGGCUGGGUACAUGUGACAUCACAAGGAAAUUUGGUAAGUUUAUUUCUUUAGUUUCUGAUGAUUCUCAGUCUAUUGUAGAGAAUGUUGUUCACCAUAUAGAUAGUUUUCAUUCAAUUGUCAAAGAAUUUAAGGGAGUUAAACUCAUAUUUUUGGAAAUUCCCCCUUAUUCUAUCGCAGAAUGGAAUAAAAGCAGAGGACAUUGUGAUCCUGAUAGUUUUCUUGUUCAGGACAAAGUUUUGAUCGAAAUUAUCAAUUCCAUUAAUUUUCAUUUAAGGGAAGUCAAUGACAAAUUAUCUGUUUAUAGUCCCAGGUAUAAGCUAGAUGUUUUGAAGUAUAGAAAAGAGAAAGACAAAUCUCAAAGAGUUUCAUUGAAUUUUCAAUUGUAUUUGGAUGGAGUACAUCCUGAACCAAUGUUAGCCAGAGUGUGGUUAAAAAGACUUAUUGAGAACAUUUUUGUACAUUGUUCCUAGAUGUCUUAAUAUAUACAGUGUUAUUGAUACAUUACUGUUACACUUGGAGCAGGUAUCUGUUGGCAGGGACUGACCCAAUCACAGAAUUCUUACCUGUUAUCCAAUACACUGUAUCAUAGAUUUGUUCAUGUAUGUAGUAUUACACUGUUGGGUUUGUGUUGGUAGGGAUUGACCCAAUCAUACUUUUAUACCUUAUCAGUUGUUUUACUAUUGCAUGUUAUAUUUCUGUCAUUUAUUUACAUAAUGGCAGACUCGGGUAAGGUGGCAGACUCAGGUAAGGAAGAAUCAGGUAAGAAAAAGUCAGAUAAGAAAGACUCAGGUAAGGAAGAAACAGGUAAAGAAACGACAAAGAUGCCAUCAGCUAAGGUAGAAACAAAGGAGGAUACAGGUGCAAGUUCUUUACAGCAUCACAUAUCUGAGGUACAAAAAGAUCCAAACUACAGAGUCUUAACUAAGGAGGAGUAUGAUCUCUUAGUAAAUGCUAGUUUAAAGCAAGGUAAAACUAGUACCCCUUUAGUUAAAACAAAGAUCUCAACAAUGGAAAAAGUCUUACAUAGUGCAGGUAAACCAGUGCAUUUUGAUUUUCCAAAGACACCAGAUGUCCCUCCUACCCCUACAUGUACAAUUAGCACCCAAUACAACUUUCCAAAGUUACCAACAUUUAGUGGUGCUGAUGAUUCCAAGCAAGGUGAGGUGAAAUAUGAAGUGUGGAACUUUGAGGUCAAAUGUCUUCAAAAUUCAGGUCAGUACCCGGAGCACAUUUUAUUACAGUCGGUAAGAAAUUCACUGAAAGGGCUUGCCCGAUCAAUGUUAGUGUCUAUUGGAGAAAAUGCUUCUCUGAAAGAUAUUCUAACCAAACUUGAUGGAUUUUUUGGAAAUGUUGCUUCAGGGGAAACUCUUAUGCAAUCUUUUUAUAAUGAUAUGCAAAAAGAGGGAGAAUCACUUGUAGUGUAUGCAUCUAGAUUAGAGGAUACAUUAUCCAAAGCUAUAAAAUAUGGCCAUAUAGAUGCCGUUGCAAAAGACGGUAUGCUUAGAAGCAAAUUUUGGACUGGUUUGUACAAUGUACAGUUAAAACAAAGUACAAGACAUUUAUUUGACUCAAUUAAGAACUUUGAAUAUCUUCUUAGGGAAAUUAGAAAAGUACAACAAGAAGAAUUGUCAACACCAGUGAGAAAGACACAGAGAGCAUUCCAACAGGCAGAGAGAGCAGAAACAACAGAUUUACAAAAGGAACUGCAGAAACUGACAUCAACGAUGCAAAGGUUAGAGAGCAAAAUUGACAGUAACUCUCAAAGUUUUCAACAAUUAAGCAGUAAAGUAAAUCAGUUAGAAAAAAUGUCAAACCAACAAAGUCCAAAUUUUAGUGGGUCAAGUAGAGGUAGAGCAAGAGGAUUUGGUUUUCGUGGAAACUCUGGUCGAGGCUAUGUCCGCGGACGAGGUCAAUUUCGGGGUCAAGGUCAUUUCAGUGUAAAUGAAAAUCAAACUCAAUCAAAUAAUCAAGUGCCUCAAAAGAGUAACAAUUCAACAAACUAGUUACCUCUUCUAUUAAACGGCAGAUGGGGGAGGAAUCUGUAAAUAAAAGCCCUAAAAAGAAUUUGUUGUCAAGAAUGGUGGGUCAAUCAAAUGAAAGUAAGAUCAUUUAUUAAUGGUGUUGAGACAAAUGCUUUGAUAGAUACAGGUUCUAUGGUUACAUGCAUGUCAGAAGCGUUUUACAACUCAUUAAGUCAUAAACCUGAACUUCAUAGUAUUGAAGAUUUUGAGUUGAAAGUAUUUAGUGCAGAGGGUAGUACUUUGCCAUAUU